GAUUUUAAGCUUUAUUGAUAUAGCAGACAGCUCGAGGUAUAUAGGCAAAGCAAUGGCUUUUUUCUCGAGUGCAUCGUGACUGUUUACAACGGUGGAAAGCAUACUUAGAGUUGAAAUUUUAUCCAAGUUUCGAUAAAUAAAGCCAGCCAGCCAGCCAAGGAUGUGAAUAUAUCAAGUUUUUUCUCCGAGUUGAGCUUGUGACUCUUCUAGGUUAAGUCGUCGAGAUGGAAAGAGAAUCAAAACCUAUUUAUAUCCUCAAAAUUAUCUUAGCCAUAGCUUGCGGAAUCCUGCAUCGAUGGCAUGCGUCAACAUUGUUUGAGAAUGAAAGACAUUUCACUCAUUUAUCAGAGAUGGAGAGAGAAAUGUCUUUUAGGACAGAAAUGGGGAUGUACUAUUCCUACUUCAAGACCAUUGCAGAUUCUGCAACUUUUUUUGAAGGGAUGCAGAGGAUACAUCAUGAUAAUUUUUCGGAAUAUCCAAAUAUCAUCAAUGCUGAAAGCAAGUAUAAUUUAGGGCCAGAGGUCAAUAUUGGUAUGUUUUACCAUAUUAUGAAGUAUUUGGAUCUCUUGCCAAAACCUCUAUGUUGGCAGAUUGAAAGAGGAGAUGGUUUAGCAUCUAUAACAAGCUGUGAAGGUAUAGGAGUUCCGGUGUAUUUUUAUUUAGAAUUCGUGUGGCUGUGCGCUAUGGUUACCGGAUUUACAAUUUUUCUCUAUGCUUCCAAUUUGAGUGGAUCUAUUGGAGGUGGUAUUAUAGCUGUAGCAGCAUUCUUUUUUAAUCAUACUGAGUGUACAAGAGUACAAUGGACCCCACCUUUACGUGAAAGUUUUGCAUAUCCAGCUCUUCUAUUUCAAAUGUUUAUGAUGUCAGAAAUUUUAAAGAAGAGGAAAAAGCCAGAUUCAAUGUCUACGCAUGUGGAUUUAGUUCUGUUAAUGGCUUUUUGUUUAUUGAGCUGGCAAUUCUCGCAAUUCGUAUUUGUAACUCAGACUAUUGCCUUGCUUAUUCUCAAGUGGUUCAAGAUAAUAAACCAAGAGGUGUACAGUUUUUACUGUAUAGUCCACCUACUCUCUGUAACCUCAGUUAUUGGUUUAACAAGCAAUGCUUUUUUACUAAACUCUUUGCACUUGGCCUUACUUAUAGUAAGUGUUUGUGCAUCAGAGUUAGGCAAAGCUUUAUCAAACAGAGUCAAUGCUAAAACAUUGACAGUGUUAGAAAUAACUGCUACGUUACUUGGCACAAAUUUGUGGAAAGUAUUGUUCACAAGUGGUUCUGAUGAUGAACAUAUUUUCAAUAUUCUCAAAUCAAAGAUAUCGAAUUACAAAGACUUUCAUACAAUGUUAUACACAUGUUCAGCAGAGUUUGAUUUUUUAAAAUAUGAGACAUAUGAAGCUAUUGUAAAAACAUUUUUACUUCCCACAGCAAUUCUUGCUGGUUUUCUGGUGCUCUAUUACUGGUAUAGAAAUCUGAAAGGACAGGGUUUUCCUAACUGUAUAGAACCUCAUAUAGCCUACAAUAUUUUACAAACUGGAGCAUUCACUGUCAUGGCCAUGUUUGUCAUGAGAUUGAAAUUAUUUAUGACUCCACACCUAUGCAUACUCGCUGGGUUGUCUUGCAGUAAGAGAUAUCUGGAGAAAUUAGGAAUUAAGAGGAAGGCAAUGCAAGGUGCACUGGUUGCACUUUUACUAGCCAUGAUGUCCUAUAAUGGUGUUCAAAGGUUGAUUAAGGAAAGAGAAUUUAUUGGUGAAUAUAGUAAUGUAGAUCAAGAAGAAUUGCUUGAAUGGGUGCAAGCAAAAACUCCAAGAUCUGCUGCUUUUGCUGGUAAAAUGUCGCUUAUGGCAAAUAUUAUGUUGUCCACCAGAAGGCCAAUAGUGAACAAUCCCUACUAUGAGAGUAAAGAAAUGCAAGAAAGGACAAUGAAAGUAUAUGAAAUAUUCAGCAGAAAAAGUGUUGCUGAAGUUCAUGAUACUUUGAGAAAGUUGCAAGUUGACUAUGUGGUUAUAGAGGAAGCUCUUUGUUAUGGUUAUGGCUAUUGGAAGCCAGGAUGUAAAAUGCUAGAGUUGUGGGAUUUAGUGGACAAUGGUAAAGGCAAAAGCGAAGGAAAAAUUCCAGUAUGCCCAAUGCUUUUUCGCGGUAACGCUCAUCCCUUUCGUCGAGUUUUCGAGAAUCGCAGCUACGUUGUUCUGCAGCUGAACUAUACUAAAUAUAUUGAGUACAAGCCAAAGACUAUUUUGUAUACAGCCUAAUGAAAAUGUGCCUGUUAACUAAUGUUUCUCUCUAGAGAGCAUUGAGUGAUAAAACCGCCAGAAAUGUAUUUUUACACUUGAAAAGUUAAAAAAACUUAAGUCAAAUUUUAUUAGUAUUAAAUGCAGCAUUACUUUGUGUUUUUCUACGUCAUUAUUUUAUCAUUUAAUAUACACAAAGCGUUCUUCAAAAGAUUUAUCAAACAAAAUGUAUAACUUGUUGAUAGGUAUUCUUUCAUGUACGGCAAUUGUAUAUAUCUUACAAAAAGUGAUCAUCAUUGUAAUUAAGUUUCAGCAAUCAAAAUCGAAUAUUAUUAAUAAAGUUAUUUAUUAUUAAUACUUGUUAACAUUUGAAAAGCAAUAUUGCUAUUAAGUAAUAGCUGUAUAAGCAAUCUGAAAUCCUUAUCAAGGUAUAAAUUAAUAAUAUACUAUCUAAAACCAUGUGAAUACAACAGCUGAAUCAACAUUGAGUAA